AUGCCGAUGGUGCUGAGGCUGAGGGACUCUGCUCCGGAAGGCUUCCGGCCUGGGCAUGGUCUGCUGGCUUUCUCUGCAACUCGUGCUCCUCUGCUGGUCACUAUCAUAGUCGGCCCAAGGAUGCAUCCAGGCAGGACCGGUCUGGGACCCAUCACGGACCUCAACGCCCCCGGCGAGCGGCCAGAGCACGUCGGGCAUCGACAGGAGGAGCCCGGGAGGAGCCACGGGACUAAUGCCAAACAUUCCGAGGAAGAAGAGCUGGUGACCAGCGUGGUGAGGGAGGAGCGGGUGGUGGGUGGACCUGGAGGCCAGCUUGCUGUCCCGCCUCCCCUUGCUUUUCCAGACCCGAGGACGGGGUCCUGGUGCCUGGUUCACUCGCCGCUGCCGGUCACACUCCUCCUGGCCGUCUACCUCCUCCUGGUGGUGGCAGGGCCUCGCCUUAUGUCCAGUCGGGAGCCUCCGAGUCUGGCAGGACCCCUCACUGCCUACAACCUGGGCCUGUUCAUGGCCACUUUGCUCCUGGCUAACUACAGCUACCUCUGCCAGCCAGUAGACUACAGCCGGAGCAAGCUUGGGAUGAGGAUGGCGCGCGUGUGCUGGUGGUGCCUCUCAAAGGCCGUUGAAUCACUUGACACAGUGAAUGCCUGCCCCUUGAAGAGAGUUACCUCUGGCAGCCAGGUCUGGGGUGGUUUUGAAGGCACUGGUCAGUUUGUGGCCAUUGCAGCCCACUCCUCCUACAAUGUCUUUGCUGAGUGCCCCUUCCCCGAUGGGUUCAACGUGGCCGUCCUCCUGUACUCGCUCAGCUUCUUGACCCUUUUCUUCAACUUCUACCAGCAGACAUACCUGAGGAGCAAGCGGAAGAAACCGACUUAA